AUGAUUUCUAAAGUACUAAGUUUGUUUUUUAUAGUCGUGCUAGCUUGUCUAGCAUCGGCGGCAGAGGAGACAGAAAACAAAAAAAACGUGGGGGAUCGUGUCGUUGGUGGAGAAUACGUUGACAUUGUCGACUACCCUUACCAAGUGUCGCUUCGUAAGUACGGGGAACACUACUGCGGAGGUUCAAUCAUUUCCAAACGUCACAUUCUCACUGCUGCCCAUUGCAUAUCUGGGCUGGCCCAGUACCCAUACAAUGACAUAACUGUAUUCACGGGUACUAGCCAAUCUUAUGGUUACACUGGACAGUCGCACCGAGUCGUAAACACAUGGGUUCACCCAUAUUUCCGCGGUGACCAAGAUUCUGCUUUUGCCUACGACAUCGGUAUAAUGAUGCUUGCCGAUGAGAUACAAUUUAACGCCUACCAACAACCAAUUCAAUUGCCUACCCGCGAUGUUCGAUAUGGUGAAAUAGCAACGACUACUGGAUGGGGAAUUCAGCACUAUCCAUCAAACGAUGUAUCACCAAUUUUAAAAAGGGCCUACAUGGCCACUUUGCCCGCAUCCGAAUGUAAUUCGGCCUUACCUGAAGUGAGAAACAUUCAAGUUUGUGCUCUCAACAAAUACGGAGUUGGUGUCUGCUCUGGUGACAGUGGCGGCCCUUUGGUAGUUGAUGGUCAAGUUUUCGGUAUCACGUCUUGGGUCGUACCUUGCGCUCGCGGUGUCCCGGAUGUUUACACCAAAGUCUACUCGUUCGUUGAUUGGAUCAGAAAUGUUGUCAAUCAAUACUAA